UUAUUAUACAUUCAUCGAUGAAAGAAUAUAACAAACAUAUGUGUUCAUGAUAUCGCAGUAUUCUGUUCAACUUUUGGAUUUAUUUCUUUAAUUUAAGAUAGUUAUCCAAGUUGUGAAGUGUAUGCUAUUAUAAAAUGAUUUUUAAUUUAUAACAGAUUAAAAAGAAGGAUUUUUGAUUUUGCACUAACUUAAAACAGAAGACAACCAGAAUGCCACCCCAGUCUAUGAUGGAUCACAAUUUCAACAAUACCUUGAUACCAGCAGAAACGCCGGUACCGACGGCAGAGACAAAAGUUAAAUGUGUUCUCGUCGGGGAUGGAGCCGUCGGGAAAACUAGUUUGAUCGUCAGUUAUACCAUUAACGACUAUCCGACGGAAUACAUGCCGACGGCAUUUGAUAAUUACUCAGUUGUGGUGACAGUGAACGAUAAACCAAUCAGGCUGCAACUGUGUGACACCGCUGGCCAGGAUGAUUUUGACACCUUACGACCACUGUGUUAUCCAGAAACAAAUGUAUUUAUGCUGUGUUUUAGUGUAAUGUGUCCGACCUCUUUCCACAACGUGAUUGACAAAUGGGCUCCUGAAAUCAGAAGACAUUGCCCCGAUGCUCCCAUAAUACUCGUGGGAACCCAGUGUGACUUGAGAAAUGAUGUGAAAGUGUUAAUAGAACUCGCUCAUUAUAAUGAGAAACCCGUGUCAGAGGAUGAAGCCAAGAAACUAGCAGAAGAAAUUGGAGCUAUAGACUAUGUAGAGUGUUCAGCACUCACACAGAAAAACUUGAAAGAAGUAUUUGACUUAGCAAUAUUAUCAUCACUGGACAUGCUGAAGAAGCCAAAGUCAAUGAAAAGAAACAAAAGUUUCAGAAAAUCUAAAAAGGACAAGAAAAAGAGUGAAAGACUUGCUCAACCCGUGCUUCCAUUAAGACCUCUGUCAGACUGUAGUGUAAAAAAGGUUGGAUGGAAACGUUUUUGUUGUUUUUUGUAACCACCUGUUAUGUUCAACAUCGCAAUGCCAGUUGAGCAAAUGCUUUUAGAAACGCGCCAAGCUUCGGUUGUGGAUUUUCAUAAAGCAUUACAAGGUUGUGUUGAACUUUACACCGGGAAUAAGCAAUAACUUACAUAAUUGUUCAUAAUCUUGAUUCUUUAUCUUGUGUAAAUGAUUUGCGUCUUUACGAAUGUUAUAAACUGAUGUAAAUAUGUAAUUUAUUACAAUGUCUUUCAAAUGUUACACAGAUCAAAUGCAUCUAGUGAAAAGUGUUUUAAAUGUUGAUCGAAUGUAUGAAAACGUGCGAGAAUGCAUGUGAAAUGGUAAAUUUCACGGUGUGGGAGUA